UCGCGCGCCGGCGGCCGACGGAGGAGGUUAAGUGGAUUAUCGAACAGCGAGCGGAUUUAAGUGCGUGCGCAGUGCGCGAAGUGCGAAUACGGCUUCUGGACACGGGAAGGUUAGAUAAAUGGUGAGAGCCCAGCGCAAGCCAUGUACAAUCUGAACGUGAACGUGAAUCCCAGCCCAACCGGGGCCGCGGGUCUUCUCGGUGUCACGGCGGCGGCGGCCGAGGUCACGCCAAGGACACCGGAAAUCGUAAAUUCGCUGAUCGCCAUGACCAAUCCCUUCGAGGGCUACGGCAGCGGCAACGAAAGGGGCAUACGGGAUCGUACGGACUCGACCAGUAGUGGCGAACCGAGCCCGCCAAGCGUCCAGCACACCUGUAGUCAGCUUAUCAAGGAAGGGCUGAAACUAACGCUACAGACGAAGAGGCGGGCGAACAGUAGUGGCGACGAUGGUAAGAAAAAAACGAAAAAGGAAGACAGCGGCGCUGACGACGAGGAAGAGGACGAGAUGAGCAUCAACAACAACAGGGCUGGUCUGACGCCGGAGGACGAGGAACGACGCCGGCGACGACGCGAGCGCAACAAGAUUGCAGCGACCAAGUGCCGACUGAAGAAGCGCGAGAAAACGGUGAUCCUUGUGCAGGAAUCCGAAAUUCUCGAGACCCAAAACCUGGACCUAAAGUCACAAAUCCAAGAGUUGGAGACUCAAAGGCGCAGGCUGGUCGACAUGCUGAGUCUCCACAGUCCGACCUGUUUGAAGCAGGGCCUGGACACAACAUCGUAUCAGCAGUUCGCCGAGCCCCUUCAUCUGCCUAGUUAUCAGGAUAAUUUUGUGCCACAGCAACCCCCGCCGGCCCUUAAUCAGCCACAGAACUGCGUCACCGAUUACCCAGUGAAGGUCGAGGAAUACGAGACCGAUUUCUACCGGCAGGGUAGUCCGUUCGUGCCGACAACAUCGGAUGCCGGUUGCACGGUUUAGCAAAACGGCGAAAAUUGUUCUUCUUCGUCUCGAGGGAGGGAGGUUCGUCGAGAAGCUCGGAACUCAUGUAUAAUAAUUGAAGGUUCUUGGAGUGUUAGAAACGGUCUCACUAAAGUUAUUUUAAUUUCACCAAGAUACAGAAUUUCAAAAAAUAUCUG